CAGAAAUGUGAAAUGUGCCUUGGGGAAAGGCUGUUUGUGAAGACAGGUGCUCAUUGAUAGAAUCAGCUGCAAAAAACCCCAGCAGUAUCAGCUUCAGAAAUGGAACAAGGGAUCUGCGUGAGUGUAUGUAUGCUGACUAUGGAAAGGAUGGUAUUUAGCUGGUACAUUUCAGGAUGCAUGAGCAGAAAUACACUGCUUUUUAGGUUUUGCCUAUCAUGCAAAAUGACUUAGUGAACUGAAACGAGCCCCAAACAAAGCUUUUCUGAAUUGGUUAGUAAAAAUAACAUAAUGCAAUGUUCCUGAUGAUUUAACAGAGGUAUUCAGAAGUAUCAGUUUUAUUUUAACCAGUUGCAAAUUUUUCUUUAUGGCAAACUGUUUAUUUGAAUGUAUUUUAAAGUCUCAUAAAGAGUGGUAAGUAAAGGCGUAGAUACUUCUGCUUUUUAUGGCUGUGUUGCACUGGAGUCAGCUCUGAUGAAAGCUGGUGGUGUAUUUAAUUUUGUCCAUGCAGCGAUGUUUUUUCACAGAUUAUAUUGGAAGUAAAACUGCCACUGGCUUGCAUAAAUGUGGUAUUAUUGUUCUGUCAACAAGUGCCUUAGCCUAUUCAUUUUGAAAUGAAAUGAAAAAAGAAAAAGGAAAAUUUUCUUUCAGCAAAGCAAAGGGCUAAGUUCUUCCUUACAAAAGUUAAAAGAUAACUGCAAAAAGAAAAGUUUCAAAGGAAUCUAAUGCAAGCUUGAAGUGUAACUGGCACUGGUAUCUAGAAUAAACUUUCAUACUUCUCAGCUUCUUUAGCUGAAACCCUUCUUGUCUUCAACUCUUCUCCAAGGCACGGUUUUAUGGGGUGGAGUAAGCUCUAGACUGAGUCCAGAAUGGACCCAGGUGCCUCCUCUUCCCCUAGAUUGCUCAUGCCUGAAGGAUUCAUUACAUAACUUCAUGAAUUUAAUCUUAAAAUUAAUUCCAAUUAAAUAAAUCUUCAUUCAUUUAUUCAUCUCUGCUUCUUUCUUCUCUGCUAAUUAAUCUUACUGAAGCAUGUUGUAUUAGUUUGGAGGCUUAUGGGAGUGAGGUGUUGGUUUUGGUUAUUUACAUCUGCCCUUGCCAUGCACUCGCUCUUUGCUCUGUUGAUUUGGUCCCUAAGCUCAUGCUCCUGUUCAAAACGCUAAUUGAAUGGCUGCUUUAUUGGAUUCCUCCAUCCCCAGAUUGCCAUCCAUCAAUGUGCUACAUUAAUUAGUCUGCUUGGUGAGAAAAAUACAUGAGUGGGGCAGAGCUCUGCAAGAGGUUUUGAUAUGAAGAGAAGUUGGCAGUGAGGGUUCUGCUUCCUCUUUUCUGAGCAGAAGAGAAAAUGCAGUUGACAAAUUUCUAGAACAUCUGUGUAACCAUCAGAAGCAGAAGUGAAAUUAGAAAUGCAGAAUUAUUUAAGCAGUCUUGCCUUGGUGAAUAUUCUGUACUGCAGAUAGGUUUAUUUCCUCCUAAACCAUACCGUUAUGUAAAUAUCACAGAAGUAAAUACAUUUUGAGUCCAGACUGUUAAAAAGUUCCUUUCAUUGUGCUCUUAAUACCUGUGAUGUAGGAAAAUGUCAAUAAUUCUUAGAAUUUUAUAGCCUAUAUAAUAAAACCUGGUUCUUUCUAAUUCCUGAGGUAGUAAUUAUUAAGGCGUUAGCAUCUCGUGUGAGAUUUCCCUAGCUUGAACAUUUCAUAUGUUUGAAAUUCUUUUGAGGAUGUUAACCAAGUAUGCAGAGGACUUUUGCUGGCUCUUCACUCAAGAGAUGAAUUCCACACACAAAAGAAUAUUUCUUGUUUUGUUCCUGAUAUCCCUUUUGCCCAGGGGGAAGUUCCUCCAGAUAGUUCCAGAUAAAAGUUUAUUUGAUUCAAGAGCUUCUCUACCGUCCUGGACUCUGAAGAACAGGGUCAACUGCUUUUUGAAGGAAGCUGGGUCAGAUUUCUUUGUCUUGGUUCUUCUUGUGGGUGAUACUGUACUUUGACCAACUAUCCCAGCUUCAUUUCUAUUCUGUGCUCAGACACCCUAGCACAACUUUCUGAAGACAGGAUCUGACCUCUCAACUGGAUUCUAUUGAGGACUGAACUCAUCACUGAGACAUAUUGAAUAGAAAACAAAGAUAUGCUGCUGUGUUUCUGUAAAAGAACAAGAUAAACCUGAAAGCAUAAUGAGACCACUUACAAAUAUUUAUGUCUUCGCUUGUGUCUUCACAUUCACACUAUGGAAUAAUAUCCAGCCAACUGUGGAAGAUGAAUUUAUUGCAAAUUAUUCAAGCAGUUUGCUAACUAAUGUUCCAAAAAACAUUCCAGUCCAUACUCAUGUAUUAGAUUUAUCACAUAAUAUGAUCUCUGGACUUAGUAUCUCAGAAUUUAUUUAUCUUUCUGACCUUCAAUUAUUAAAUCUUUCUCAUAAUCUAAUUACAGAGCUUGACUUCAGUGUCUUCAUUUUUAAUGAAGAUUUAGAAUACUUAGAUUUAUCUCAUAAUAACAUUUUGAAAGUUUACUGUCAAACUCUUGCAUAUCUUAGACAUUUAGAUCUUUCUUUCAAUAAGUUUACUGCCCUGCCCAUCUGCCAGGAAUUAGGGAACAUGUUUCGUUUAGAGUACCUAGGAUUAAGUGCCACAAUGAUACAAAGGUCAGACUUCAGGUAUAUCAUACAUUUACAGCUGCAUACUGUCUUCCUUACCUUAGAAUACUUUUCUCUGUACGAACCUCAGAGUCUGAUGGCCUUGAAUACAAGGAACCUCCACAUUGUUUUUGCAGCAAACCAAAACUUCAGUUUUCCCCUCUUGUACGACGGAAUGAGCACUUCAGAAAACUUACAGAUAGUUAACUUAAGAUACACCUUGAGCUACAAAGAUUUUCCCCCUCCUUCUUUAAUGCUUCUGAAGAAAAUCAAGACAACAGCUCUCACGCUUGACACUGUGGACUUACAGUGGGCUAUCAUUUUGCAAAUUUUCCUGCUUAUUUGGCAUUCACACGUGGAGCAUUUGACUGUAAGAAAUCUGACUUUUCGAGGACCACUGGUGGACCUGACUGAAUAUGAAUUUCUAGCCUUAUUAAGCUCUGUGGAACAAUUAAUCUCUUUGGGUGGCUCCAUGAAAGUGCUAACUUUGGAGCAUGUUCGUAAUAAGCUUUAUUAUUUCAACCAGGAGAUUUUAUACAGACAGUUUUCGGAGAUGAAUAUUGCCAGUUUGACAAUAUAUGAUGCAUAUAUGCCACACAUGCUUUGCCCCAAUAGAACAAGCUCAUUUCAGUAUUUAAAUUUUUCUCACAACGCCCUGACAGAUGAAUUGUUCCAGAAUUGUGGCACACUGACAGUUCUGAAAUCACUUAUUUUGCAGAGGAAUAAAUUUGAGAGCCUCCUCAAGGUAAGCUUCAUGACCAGCCACAUGAAGUCACUGAAAUAUCUGGACAUGAGCAGCAACUUGCUGCGUCAUGAUGGAGCUGAUGAGCAAUGCCAGUGGGCUGAGUCUCUAUCAGAGUUGGACCUGUCCUCAAAUCAGUUGACGGAUGCCGUCUUUGAGUGCUUGCCAGUCAACACCAAAAAACUUGACCUGCAAAACAAUCAGAUCGCCAGUGUUCCCAAGGGGAUGGCUGAGCUGAAGUCCUUGAAAGAGCUGAACCUGGCAUCCAACAGGCUGGCUGACCUGCCGGGGUGCAGUGGCUUUACAUCCCUGGAGUUCCUGAAUACAGAGAUGAAUUCGAUCCUCACCCCAUCUGCUGACUUCUUCCAGAGCUGCCCAAAGGUCAGGGAGCUACAAGCCGGGCACAACCCAUUCAGGUGUUCCUGUGAACUUCAAGACUUUGUCCGUCUGGAGAGGCAUUCUGGGGGGAAGCUGUUUGGCUGGCCGGCAGCGUACGUGUGCGAGUACCCAGAAGACUUGCGAGGGACGCAGCUAAAGGACUUCCACCUGACUGAGCUGGCGUGCAACACGAUGCUCUUGCUUGUGACAGCUCUGCUGCUAAUGCUGCUGCUGGUGGCUGUCGUGGCCUUUCUGUGCAUCUACCUGGAUGUGCCGUGGUACCUGCGAAUGACGUGGCAGUGGACGCAGACGAAGCGGAGAGCUUGGCACAGCCACCCCAAAGAGCAAGAGGCCAUUCUGCAGUUCCAUGCAUUCAUUUCCUACAGCGAGCGCGAUUCAUUGUGGGUGAAGAACGAGCUGAUCCCAAACCUGGAGAAGGGGGAGGGCUGCGUACAGCUGUGCCAGCAUGAGCGGAACUUUGUCCCCGGCAAGAGCAUUGUGGAGAACAUCAUUAACUGCAUUGAGAAGAGCUACAAGUCGAUCUUUGUGUUGUCUCCCAACUUUGUGCAGAGCGAGUGGUGUCACUAUGAGCUCUACUUUGCCCAUCACAAGUUAUUCAGUGAGAAUUCCAACAGCUUAAUACUCAUCUUGCUGGAGCCAAUCCCUCCGUAUAUUAUCCCUGCCAGGUAUCACAAGCUGAAGGCUCUCAUGGCAAAGCGAACCUACCUGGAGUGGCCGAAGGAGAGGAGCAAGCGUGCCCUUUUCUGGGCUAAUCUGAGGGCAGCUAUUAGCUAUAACCUGCCAAUGGCUGAUGCAAAUGAGUAGCAGAGUGAUGUUACUUCUACUAGUAGUGUGAGUCAGUAUGUGAAUAACUGUGACCUGACUGUCUUGCAUUAAACUGUUAAUCAAUUUUUUAUAGUUUUUUACAUUAUUCCUAUUUUGUAGCAAAAUGUAACUGUGACACAUACAGAAACUUCUAUUGCUUAUUCUAGUUGUGAAGGUAGUCAGAAGUCUUCUGUAGUUGCCCAUCAUCAACGAAGAGAAAGAGAGAGGAAUUUUCAUAGUGAUUACAUUUAUUUUUGUAUACUUGGGCUGCAUUUAUUUCAAACUUUUCCCAUUGAAAGCCAUCUUUGAAAGUAAUAUAAAUAGUGGUUGUUCAAUGUCAUCAGGACUGUCAAGGUAUGCAUUUAAUUUUUGUUCUGACAUGGAAGUUGUGGGGUUAAGGUGGUAGAUAUCUGCUUCACUGGCUUUAAUCAAUUAAUAUAAAGAAGAAAACUCUUGCUCAAAUACCUCCCUGGACAUUGGUAUAGCAUAUGUCAAGCAUACAGUAUACCUGCACUGUUCAGCCUGUUUUCCUUUCCUGGAAGUCUUUCCCUUCAUCACGGACAGAGACUUUCCUGGGUAAGAGCUGAAAGUUGGAGCCAUUAAUCCCUGUUUAAUAUUCUUCCUUUAUUGUACUACACAUUCCCACUUGCCUAGAUUUACCUACCAAGUCAUGAUUGCAUAGAAUUCACUAUUUGUUGUCUUCAAAAUAAUAGUUACUAUCUGCAUUUAUGAAAUUUCUAUAGCAUUAUAAUAUUGCUGCUUUCUGCUAUGAUUAUAUCAAGCUAUACUGGGUUACUUGUUUUUCCUGUUUUUUAAAAGAUAGAAGCUUGAUGUUUGGAAGUGAAACCCUUUUCAUCUCCAGACUCUCAUUGGUCUCUAUUACCUUGAGCUUUUAAAUAGCAGGUGCUGAGGGUCAUCAUGCAGGUGAGAAAGGAGCAAUUUUCAUUGGGAAAUAACUUCUCUUCUAAAAUCAAACCAAUUAAUGGUAUUUGUUGAUAGGAGACAUCUAAUAAUUUGCUGUAUUGGGGUUUAAUUUGACAAUCUAAUAAACCUGUCAUUUUUUUAUCUGUUA